UGGCUCUCCAACACCACUGCCUCUUCUCACGGUGAUGUGGAUGAGGACGAACCGAAAUGUGAAAUAUUCCACUAUCAGGACCUGUUUUUUGCUAGUUACAUGAUUCCAACAAAUGAAACAAGGGCACGAAACAACACGUGUGAACAACAACCUUGGUUUUGGGAUUUUAUUAGAAAAGCAAUAGAAAUGGAACCAAGGACGACGUCCCCACCCCAGGAUACGGCCACCUGCCAUACGUUUAAAUUCAGACCGACAUGAGGACAAUAACUUCAGCAGGUGGCAAUGUUGAGACUGUGAGCUUCAGACGAACUGAGUCAGCUGAUGCGCCACAGAUCAACAGCCUCAUAAGUCCUGCCACUGUGUCAGUGUUUGGAAGGGUCAAUGUCAUUCAUCUACUGGAAAAGGCCAAUUUGGCAGUGAGCCUGAACAAUGCCAUGGAUGAAGUUCUGGCCCAUGCUGCUUUCUUGGACUACCCCCUCGGUGACAUCGUGGAUCAAGCCUCCUGGGAGCCACUGAUGCAUGAUCACUUUAAAGCGGAAAGAUGCACACCUUUGAACACGCUCUUCUUGCAUCUCUUUGUGGCUCAGCCAAUCUACUCUGUUGGGAGUGCAAAAGAGAUAAUAAGAACUGUCUUUAAUGCUAUCACAGAACUUGAGUACAUCUACCUGGUCACUCCAAACAAGGCCCGCAUAGAGCCUGCGCUGCUGGAGAUAUUUGAGCCUAUGGAGAGAGUCAGCCCUUCCAAGGUCCAGUGCAUAGCGUUUGUGUGCCAAAGACACAACUACUGUCCAAGGCUAUACGUCCGGAGAGCAAGGAUCGAGGAUCACGAUGACCUCACACACAUAUGUUCAGAGCAGACCAAGGCCCUCACAGGCUCCUACGGACCCUACUUCCUGGCUGAGCUCAUCGAGGCGCAGGACGAGGAAAACCAUGCAGCCGUUUGUGAGAGCGAGGGACUGGCCGUUGGUUUCAUCAGUGUGAGUGGUGACAUCAAUUUGAAGCUGUUGAAUGAGUGUUUUGAGCUCGGGCCGUUUAAUGGCCUCUACAGGCCACGCUCAGAAGACCAGCCUGAGCCUGUCCAAGACCCCCCAGAGGAGGGCAUUCAAAGUGUGGGGGAAUCCAAGCCAGGACACCCACUGGAGCCCACAGAAAAGGACCCAGUGGAAAAUGAAGGUGUGACGGAUGUCCCUUGUGAAAUCUCAGAGUCUCGGAUUUCUGGUGAUGGUCAAGGACCAAGAGACUGUACAGAAACACCAAAUGCCUUCUGUGUUCAGCUAUUUGUCAUCGACAAGAAAUUUGAAAUGAGAUCCAUGGACUUUCUCCCCAACAUAUUCAAGCUCUUCCCUGACAGGGACUUCUGUGUCAUCACGGUGCCCAAGCUGGCUCCUGAGUUCCCCCUCCUCCAGAGCUUCCUCAGGGUGGUGCCACGCCACACCAGCAGUCUGCCUCAGGAGCUCUACAUCUUCCACCGCUCCGGCCUGCUCAAAACCUUCGAGGUGAGGGUGGCCGUGUCUGCUGACAGGCCUUCCAUCUGCGCCAUGGUGGAGAAGCUCCUUCUUCAUGAGUCCCUGCUGAACGACCUGGAUGUGUUCUGUCAGGCCCGCAGAGACCCGGAUGGAACUCCCCUCCAGGCGUUUGUGGCCACAGUGCAGGACGAAGUCGUGGGCGUCAUCAUCACCAGAAACGAGGAGGACAUCGAUUUCAUCCGCGCCCACUACGACAUCGAGAACUUCAUCUACUUCAGCCACCACCGCUACGAGGAGCACGCGCAGCUGGCCCACUUCGCCCUCAGCCCCGUCUUCCAGCACUACGCCAAACACUUCCUCAAAGAGGCGCUGCGGCUGGCCCACAAGUCCUGCCUCUACUACCCCAUCUACCCCGUCUACCACAGCCAGAAGAACUCCUGCGCCCAUUACCUGACCUCUGUCCUGAGCGCCAUGGUUCCCGUGCGCCCACGUCGCCAGAUUGUUUACCCUCUGGAGGACCUGGGCAUCAACGCCCCGUCCAAACAAAUCACCAAGGACCAGGUUCCAUAUGCCCUCAACCACAUCAACAGGAAACUAACCAUGGAACCGAAAGUCACCAUCAAUGCCAGGAUCGUGGUGGUGGGGGCGUCAGACACGGGGCUAGCCUUCCUGGAGGUGCUCGCAUUCUGUCCACAUCUUAGGUUCAACAACAUGACUUUGAUCUCCACAAAUGGAUUUCCAGGAAACGUGGGAGAACAUAUGAGUUUUCUGUCCACAAGCCACAGCUACAGUAAGCGCCACCACGCCCAGCUUUCUCUCCGCUCCUGGGUCAACGUGGUGACCGGCAAGAUGACGGGGAUCGACCGAGCGGCCAAUCACGUGCUGCUGUCAGGAGGCAGGAAGGUGCCUUACGACCACCUCCUGCUCUGCACCGGCCAACAGUACCAGGUUCCUUGUCCCAGUGGAGUGGACGUAAACCAGCCGACCACAAACGGCGGCCUCUCAGUCCCGCCCGGCCGCAGAUACACAGGGAAGGUUCCCUCCAACCUGUUCACCCUCAACGACCACCGCGACUGCGUGGAGGUGCACCGCUGGCUGCAGGAGAACCUUCCGGAUCUGAACGGCGACGUCGUCGUCUACGGCCACAGCCUCGACGCGUACACCUGCGUGGAAGCCCUUCUCUCCAUGAGGAUCCCCGGUUCCUGCAUCCACCUGGUCCGCCCGCCGUCCGAGGGCUCCUGCUUCGACAGCCCCGCCGUGGGGAAGGCCGUGGGGAAGGCCCUGGAGAAGAGCCAGGUCCACGUCCACCACGGCUGCCUGUUGGCGCAGAUGAAUGAGGGGCGGGACCCCGAGCCGCUCACCUCGGUGUCCUUCACCGCCGCCGGUGACCCCCUGCUGCUGCGGUGCUCUGUGUUCCUGAACUUGUCCUCCAAAGGGGUGGAUUACAGCGCCUUCAAGGCCAUCAACGAUGCCUGUCUGGUGUACGACGGCCACCUGGUCAUCGACUCCACCUUCCACACCAACGACUCCAGCAUCCGCGCCGCCGGGCCCCUCACCAAGUUUGCCCGGCGCUACCACGCCGACCAGUGGUCCCACUCCAACUUCAGCUCCAGGGAGGUGGGCCAGGAACUGGCGGCGGCGCUGCUGCCCCUGUUCGACCCCACCCUGGAGCCUGCCUCCAACCCUCCGGCCGACCUGGACCGCCUCACCCCCAUGUACCAGCAGGCUAAGGUUCAAGGUGGAAAACUCCCAGGAAGAUACAAUUACCUCCAUGUUACCAAACCCCCCCUUCAGCUUCCUGCAACAGGGUCGUCAACAAGCCAACCACAGGGCCGAGAAAUCCUGACCGGCCGCACAGAGACAGGGAACUACUUCCUCCUGCGUCUGAACCAGUACGACGUGGUGGAGACCCUCACCUGCCUGUCGCAGAAGGCCAUCCCCGUGUCCAACUUCCUGUGUCUCUACGGGAAACACCAGCUGCUGCUGAACCGGCUGUGCUCGCGCUACGACGAGGGCCUGGUUCACGACCUCUACAGCUAUUUCAGGGAGAAUUGGUGCUUGGCGAUAUAUCACGAUCGCUUUACAGACUUCGAACAGGAAAUGCGUCAAAUCAUGGAAUCCACAAAUGUGAAGGAUAACAAGUCAGUUGUUGAGUCCAUCCCUCACUUCAUCCAGCGCUUGAUGAAUAAGACGCUGGAGGAUUCGGAGGACCCAAUGCUGAUCCUCAAAAAGGUGUUUGCUGAGAGCGGUGGGCUGGCCACUCUGAAGACAAGCACACUCAACUUCCUGAGGUACAACACAAACCAUCUGACCAUGUACGCCCAGCCUGGAUGUCUUUGAUGGAUCCAGAUAUACUCCUUUUUAUUCAAUAAAAUAGAGAAAUGCUAGCCUCUGUACAAACCUUUUCAAGGACUUUGAUUGACAUCUCAAUUCUUGGGAUUUUUCUAAUCACUUUAUAUACACUUUAUAAACCUUUGAAAGACUUUUAAAAAUAUACUUUUUUUUACAGACAGUAUAACCUAACUUUGUUUCUCUGUUGAAUUAUACCCACCUGUAUAAUCAGAGUUACUUGUAGUAGUGACUGAAAGGCUUAGUCUUCUUGGCAGCGUGACUAACAGGACAUGGGCUAUGGGUCUAUAGAUGAAAGUGGAUUUGGUGAGUAUGAAGAGGGGGGGAUAUUCUACAGCUGUAUGCUAAUGAGGCGCAAUAUCUCCACUGGCCCUCUUUACUCAGCACACGCCAUUGAACAAAUAUAGCCACACGCGUCUAAACGUAUGUGAUUGUUCAAACUGUAACUAGGCAAGCUAAAGGUAAGAAGGGUUACUAUAAUUUGCCCCAGUGACAAGCACGUGCAUUCGAAAUAGGAAUCCAUGAUAUUACGUUUUUUUUUUCUUUUUCAAACAAUUGAAAUGACCGUUUCACCCCAUAAUUACAUAUUAAAAUGCAGGCUAUUACUUUAUAUUUAGCACAACAGGGUUUUAUAAACUUGAUUACCAAAGGUAAUAAAUAGCUAUUAAUGGUCAGGUGAUUAAUCAAAGUUUAGCCUACUCUACAUCCAUAGCUUUAUGAUUAUUUAGCACCCUCACAGCUAUAUGCUAAUGCAACCCAUAAUAUAGGCCACCAGGCAGAAUGAAGCGCACAUGCGAGCCUCUAACAUAGGCUACUUGUGGAAAACUCAACAUGCGUCAAACAAGCGUCAGGGUUUUACGUGAGUUAAACGCCUAAAACCGCUAUUGUUUAAACAGUUUUAAUAUGUGACGGAUUUGCAAGACUGGCCCAACUUAAAUGGUUUUCUCUACCACACUUGGUUUGGAGGCUUUCAUUUUUAGUGAUUUGCGAAAGCAGCCCGCUGUUGAGCAACAUCAUUUUAUUGAAAGUUUUAUUCUAACUUUUUCUCUCAAUACAAACAAGUACUUAUAUUUGUCCAUAGAAACUUGCUAGACAUCUGACAUGUGGUUGGCAUAACACAGGCAUUACGUCUUGAAGUAGGCUAUUAGACAGCUCAUCUCAUUCCUUAUGGUAAUAUCCAAGAGAAGAGAGAUGAUUUGACCCGAAGAAAUUGGGUUUGAAUGUUUUAACUGAAAGAUAAUCAUGGUUUGGCCCAUUUGGAGAUGGUCUGCUUUGUCCAAAGCACACUGAUUACGCACAGCACGCGCCGACAGUAUCUCGUGUCCAGAUUGCUUUUGGACCACAUUUUACCGUGCAAUUUCCUUUGCAAUCACAAACCGUAUACAGCGUGCAGAAGCCCCCUUAUUGUUAUGCAAAGCAGGAAGCCCUUUUUUAUUAUUAAUUAUGUAUGCGUAAAAUGACUGAUUCGUAUGUCCAGAGUUAACUGUCGUAUAUGUCACAAUGGAUACCUACUUUGCCUAAUUUGUGUUUUAUUUCAUGUGUGCUAGUCUAUUUCCUUAAAUAAAUUAAAAUGUAUUGAAAAUAAAGUGUUCUGCUCUUAUAAUCUAACUUGUAAUUUUUACUUAUAACAUGUUUAUGGCUUAGACCUAUUAUAGGCAUAUGUUGUCUACUCAAUCAAAAAACAAACUAAGGACUCCAAUGAAACAUGCAUUUCCUACCUGUUUAUUGUACGAA